AUGGGGGUGGCUGCCCAACAGGCCUCCACAGCUCAUUCGGGGCAUGGGUCCGUUGGACCCGUUAUUGGGGUUCUUGCAGUGAUAGCAAUACUGGGUGCAAUUGCUGUGAUGAUUGGCAGGCUUUGUUCCGGUCGGAGAAUAAUGGGUCUUGGCCGGUACGAUGUUGAAGAAUGGGCCGAGGCUAAAUGCGCUUCUUGCAUUGAUGGCCGUGUUUUUCCUCCCCAUCCUCCACCCUUGGUGGUGGAGCACAGUGUCAGCGGCUCAUCCGGCGAAGCUCUCCCGGCAGUGGUGCCGCAAGAAGAAAUACAAACACUUGAAGAAGAUAAAGUCCCGGAACAACAAAAGGAAAUUGUGGCAAACAUAUGUGACUUGAGGCUGUUGGACGCUGCGCUUGUGCGGCCACAGCUGAGCCAGAAUGGAGAAACAAGAAAAUGGUUGCUUCCGAUGCCAAAUCUCACAACUUACGGCUUUAGGUUCUACUGUAAACGGAAAAUGCAGCUUCGAGGGUACAUGCUGAAGAGGGGUCAACGGCGAGGUUGGGUAUCAGGCAAGGGAAGUCGACGGCAGCUGGUCAAUGGGUCUGGGCAGGUUCGACGUCAAGCAGCUUUCAACAAGGGUGCAUGUGCGGAUGAGGGAGAAAAACGAAUUGAGAAAGUGAAAUGCUGGAAGGGUAGAAUGGAGAAAUGUCUUUUUGCAUUGUCAAAUUUUGAACAGUGA